AUGAAUAGUCAGGUUUUCACUGCGUAUGUUGAGGAGCAGCUCCUCUUAGCAGUGGCUGAUAAAUCCUUGGUGGUUAUGGACAAUGCUCACUAUCACAGUUGUCGAGAUCCUAUUAACUGUUGUCCAACCUCAAAUUCUACCAAAGGCGCUGAUGUGACCUUGAAACCAGAGAAAAACUUUGCAGAAAUUGCAAGUAAUUCUGACAUUGAGUAUGAAUCGCCUGAUAGAAAGCUCUCAGGAGUUGGCGAGUACAAACUCAAGUUCCUUUGUUUCAUCAUUGAUGAAUCAGGAAUCAGAGACGACCCAGAAAAGGUCCAAGCCAUACGGAACAUGCCAGAACCAACCUCUAUCUCAGCAGUCCGACGCUUCUUCGGAAUGGUCAACAUCCUGAGCAAAUUCUCACUAAAUUUAGCAGGGGAGUCCAAGCCAUUUAGAGAUCUUCUCAGACGUCAGAAAAACGUCUGGAUGAACUUCGCACUGAACUCGAACAGGACGAAGUAUGCAGAGAACUUAAAAGACUUUGCCAAGAAGGAUGGCCUGACAGACCAAGACUGA